UUCCCUUUUUGUUUUAAUCUAAGAAGUUAGUAGAUGUAGUAAAUACAGUUUCUUUCUUACUUGCUAUUAAACAUAUGAUAUUAAAUUAUUCAUUAUGUUUACCAUGGAAUAUUUUUAGUUACUUUACACAUCCUUUUUUUUUAUUUCACAAUAAUAGUGGCAUUUCUUUCUUUUAUUUUUAGGAUGCCUCCGAAAAAGGUGGAAGAACCAGAAAAGAAGCCUUUAAUUGGAAGAGUUGGCACUAACCUUAAAGUAGGCAUUGUUGGUGUCCCUAAUGUUGGUAAAUCAACAUUCUUUAAUGUGCUGACCAAAAGUCAAGCUGCUGCAGAAAACUUCCCUUUCUGCACCAUCGAUCCCAAUGAAAAUAAGGUACCAGUCCCCGAUGAAAGGUUCGACUAUCUCUGCGAAUUUCACAAGCCAGCAAGCAAAGUCCCUGCAUUCUUGAAUGUCGUCGACAUCGCCGGCUUGGUACGAGGCGCCGCAGAGGGACAAGGGCUUGGCAACGCGUUCCUCUCACAUAUCAAGGCUUGUGAUGCUAUUUUCAAUUUAUGUCGAGCUUUCGACGACGAAGACGUUAUUCAUGUGGACGGUGACGUCAAUCCCGUCCGCGACUUGGAGACCAUCGGUGAAGAGCUGAGGCUCAAAGACGAGGAGCAGCUAAUGCAAAAUAUUGAGAAGUUGGACCGCCAAGUCAACCGUGGCAACGAUAAGAAACUCAAACCUGAAUAUGACUCGCUCUUGAAGAUUAAAACAAUAUUAGUAGAUGAAAAGAAACACAUUCGUUUUGGUGAUUGGAGUGCUGCUGAUAUAGAAGUGUUGAACAAAUACCUGUUCUUAACCUCCAAGCCUGCAUUAUAUCUCGUGAAUUUAUCAGAAAAGGAUUAUACCAGGAAGAAGAAUAAAUGGUUACCCAAACUUAAGGAAUGGAUUGACAAAAAUGAUCCAGGAGCACCUUUGAUCCCAUUCUCAGGAGCUUUAGAAACUAAAUUGUUAGAUAUGGACCCCGAAGAAAGGAAAGCUUACUUGAAAGAACACAAUAUUACAAGUGCUUUGGAUAAAAUAAUCGUGCAAGGCUACAAGGCGUUGCAAUUAGAAUACUUCUUUACGGCAGGCCCGGAUGAAGUUAAAGCUUGGACAAUUCAGAAAGGAACGAAAGCGCCCCAGGCAGCGGGUAGAAUCCACACAGACUUCGAGAAGGGCUUCAUCAUGGCCGAAGUGAUGCACUUCAAGGACUUCAGGGAGGAAGGCACCGAAGCCGCCUGUAAGGCUGCUGGCAAAUAUAGACAACAAGGUCGUAAUUACGUAGUUGAGGACGGUGACAUAAUAUUCUUCAAAUUCAACGCGGGCGCCGGCCUGGCGAAGAAGAAAUGA